AUGCAGAACACCUCCACCAAAAUUAGCAUUGUUGUGCACACGUUAACCAUGCUGAUGAUGCUUUCUUUCAUGUUAGCAUCCCGGUGUCCUGAUAUUCAACAAUGUCAUAAUGGUGAGAAUUAUAUCACUUGCAACAACGGAAGUGUCGUUAUGAUAGACAUCCUUUCUUGUGAUGAAAGUGACCUGAUAAAGGUAACCAUUUCCUCAUUUCCGAGUGUUGAGAGGCUUUAUAUUUUAGAUAGUAAUCUUACAGGAAACAUCAUACACCAGAUUGGCUUGUUGCAAAAUCUGACAUAUAUUUCGGUCUCAUGGAAUAAUAACACAGGAGAUAACAAUCUCAGCGGAAACCUCCCAUCUCAGCUGUGGAGUCUUAAGAACUUGAAGUUUCUAGAUCUUAGCCACAAUCAGUUGACCGGUCCAAUCCUUCAAUCUUUUGCUUCCAUGGUCAAUCUCACCCGAUUAGAACACCUUGACCUUUCCAGUAACAGUUUAAAUGGUACCUUUCCAUCUCAAUUGUGGAGUCUCACCCGAUUAGUACAUCUCAACUUUUCUAGUAACAGUUUUAGUGGUACCCUACCAUCUCAGUUGGGGACUCUCAAAAAUUUAGAAUUUCUGGAUGUUAGUAGAAACAGGUUAACCAGUCCAAUCGUUCCAUCUUUCGGUUCCAUGAUCAAUCUCAAAUUCCUAGACUUGAGCAUAAAUCAACUAAGAGGACCAAUUCCACAGAAACUUUGUAAUAUGCAAAAGCUAGAAACAUUGAACAUGGGUGACAAUCUUCUUCAAGGUCCAAUUCCCUCAGCUUUGGGUUCUUUAAGCCAACUGAUACUUUUGAACCUUGGCAUGAAUAACAUUAGUGGCCCCAUUCAUAUUGAAUUUAGAAACUUGCCGAGACUCUCUCACCUUGAUUUUUCAUCAAACGGUUUGUCCGGGAAUGUAUCCUUUUAG